UGUCGCACUGGUGCAUGGAGGAGUGUUGCCUUCUUUUUUUUCUGAGAGGCUCUACCAAAACCUUUGCUCUUUACCUGCAUCACCACCCACUCUCGAAGAAGUAGCAGAUCAGGAUUUGCAGUUGAAACUCAAAAAGAUCAGUGAGGCAGUUGAUAUUACAGCAGCUAGAGAUGCUAUUGAGGAAGCUGCAGAGAGCCUGUCCUUGUUGGGGUCCCUGAGGCCUAUCACCACCAUGGAGGGACGAGACCAGUUGGUUCAGGCUGCCACAGGUUUCUACGUGGAAGGAAGGACCAAGGAAGCCUUGCAACAACUUGCUGAAGGACUGAACACACUUGGUCUCCUGGACCUGAUGAAAAUUCACCCCAGCACCUUCAAGGAGGUGUUUUCUUCAUCAGAGAGGCCUUUAAAGGCCACAGAUUUGAUCUCCCUGUUCAAAGCAAUGCUGUCCCAUCCAGAAAGCAACCGGUGGCGAAAAGAGAAGAGAGUGGAAGGGUACUGGAGAGACUUCCUACUAGAUAUUGAAGAUGGUGUGUUUGAGAUCACAAUGGAACAAAUCCUGGUAUUUGCCUCUGGAGCCGACAGAGUGCCAGCUCUUGGUUUUUCCCCUCACCCAACACUGACUUUCAUUCACGAGACAGGGCGGAACUACCCUGAAGCCAACACCUGCCUUGUAAAUUUGAAACUGCCAAUCCAUGACACUUACGUACAAUUCACCAAGUUCAUGUGUGAGGGCAUUAUUCAAGCUCCCACCUUUGGUCUGGCUUAAAGUCACCGACAGCUCAUCGCUGUUAUGUGUGUUUGGUUAUGAAGUGACUGAAGAUGAUUCCAACCUGUUGUAUUUUUCUUUCUGAUAUUGUUGCAGUGUAUGCUAUUACAGGUAAACAGAGAGUCACUAUGGUAGGACAUUAGGAAAUGACACACAUGUUCAAGUAGUUUUGAAGCUUUAGCUGGUGGGCAUAUUGAUCAGCUAUUGUUUCUGGAACUCUCCUAAUUACAAAUGUAUGUUAUGUCUACUUAUAGGUCUGUAGUUGAUGACCUAACACACAAUGUGAACGGUCUCUUCAUUAAAAAGCUGUAUUUAGGUAACAUUUUAUAGAAUUUGAGCACUGCUGUUUGAAAGUUUAACUCCUGUAAUUAACUGCUGCAGAGAUCAGAGUAUUAAA